AUGAUCAUGCUGUCUGCAGGCGCUGUGGCUCCCCUGGGUUUCUCUGUACUCAGGUGUAUCCGCCUGCUGAGGAUCCUCAAAGUCACAAAGUACUGGAAGUCGCUCAGUAAUCUCGUGGCCUCUCUCCUUAACUCCGUUCGCUCCAUUGCCUCGCUCCUUCUUCUUCUUUUCCUCUUCAUUGUCAUUUUCUCACUCCUGGGCAUGCAGGUUUUUGGAGGGAAGUUUAACUUCUCUGACCACAGAGCCAGGCGCAGCAACUUUGACAACUUCCCUCAGGCCUUGAUCAGCGUGUUUCAGAUCCUCACAGGAGAGGACUGGACAUCCAUCAUGUACAAUGGAAUCAUGGCCUAUGGAGGGCCUGUCAUUCCCGGCAUCCUGGUCUCCAUCUACUUCAUUAUUCUCUUUGUCUGUGGAAACUAUAUCCUCCUCAACGUCUUCCUCGCUAUCGCCGUCGACAACCUCGCGGAGGCUAAGAGUUUGACUUCAGCUCAGAAAGAAAAGGCAGAGGAGAAGCUGAGGAAGAAGCUACUAAGGGCGAAAAUGCCUGAGAAGACUGAUGAGGAGAGAGAGAAGAUAGUUAAGCAGAGGACCAAGAUAGAAGGCAUGCCCACCACAGCCAAGCUCAAAAUUGAUGAAUUUGAGUCUAAUGUCAAUGAAGUGAAAGAUCCAUUUCCACCUGCUGAUUUCCCAGGUAAUACAAGAAAAUCAUUUUGAACCUUUCCCAGAAGG